CAACUAUUUUGGUUGUCAAAGGUUUUACGACAUGAAGAGUCGCCUGUCUUAUCUGAGACAGGAUUGGAAUAUGAAAAGUCGCAGUGAAAGUAACAGUUUCUUCCAAAUAUUUCAGAAUAUAAUAAGCCAACCUCAGAAUGAUAUCUUGCGUAAAUAUCGUUCUAUCGUCACUCGUAUCAAUCAACUGGAAGAUAGAUUCAAACUAUUUUCUGAUGAAGAGUUGAAGGACAUGACCCGUAUUUUUAGGGAGAGACUGGAAAAUGGACAAGAAUAUGAAAACAUUUUGGAAGAAGCUUUUGCUGUAACAAGGGAAGUGUGUCGUAGAACGUUGGGAAUUCGUCUUUAUGAUGUUCAACUUUUGGGUAGUUUAGUGUUACUGAAAGGAAAUAUUGCUGAAAUGGCAACUGGAGAAGGGAAAACUUAUGUUACUAUACCAGCAGCAUAUUUUGAAGCUCUUCAUAGAAAAGGUGGAAUUUUCAUCAUUACAGUGAAUGAUUAUUUGGCUAGGAGAGAUGCCCACUUGGUAAAGCCAGUGUAUGAUUUUCUGAGCAUAUCUUUAGGAAUAGUUGAUUCUUCGACUCCAUUUGAAGAAAAGAAGAUGGCAUAUAGUCAAGAGAUUGUCUACGUAACUAAUUCUGAGCUUGGUUUUGACUAUUUAAGAGAUCAUUUGACCACAAGUCCAGAUGGCGUAGUAUUGUCAUCAUCCUUUUAUUUUGCAAUUGUGGAUGAAGUGGAUGCUGUUCUUAUUGAUGAAGCUCGAACACCGUUGAUUAUUUCUGACAAAGUAAAGGCACCCAAGGAAUUUUAUGAUAAAGCUAUCGAUGUUAUCGGUCAGUUACAACCAUUAUUGGAUUAUGAAGUGAAAGAAAAAGAGCAAACAGUGAUAUUGACCGAACGAGGAAUGAUCAAAUGUGAAACCCUAUUAGAGACAGAUGACCUUUAUAGUUUAGAGACUCCUUGGGCAUAUUAUCUAGUCAAUGCCUUGAAAGCAAAGGAGCUCUUUCUACGUGAUAGAGAUUAUAUAGUCGAUCAAGGUCAAGUGAAGAUAAUAGAUACUUUUACUGGACGUACUUUAAUAGGUCGUCGCUGGAAUGAGGGCCUUCAUCAAAGCGUGGAAGCAAAGGAAGGUUUGGAAAUCAGUGAAGAAACACAGGCUGCCGCAAAGAUAUCUUAUCAAAGUUUCUUUAAAUUGUUUCACAAGCUUUGUGGAAUGACUGGAACUGCUUCAACAGAUAAGAACGAAUUUCAGUUGAUUUAUAAUAUGGAAGUUAUUACUAUUCCAACUGCAUUUCCAAUGAUUCGCAAGGACUAUCCUGAUUGGGUGUUCCAGACAAAAGCCUUCAAACUACAAGCUAUCAUCGAAGAAAUUGAAAGCAUGUACUCUCUAGGACGACCUAUCUUAGUAGGCACCACAAGUAUCGAUGCCUCGGAAGAAAUGUCAACUCUUCUUAGAGAUAGAAACAUUCCUCAUGAAGUUUUGAAUGCUCGUCCAGAGAAUGCUUCGAGGGAAGCGGAAAUAGUUUCACAAGCAGGAACUUUAUUUGCUGUUACUAUUUCUACCAACAUGUCCGGAAGAGGAACGGAUAUCAUGUUGGGAGGCAAUCCAGUACAUAUGACUAGGUCUUGUAUAAAAGAAUUGUUGUUGGAAUAUAUAAGGAGUGGAAACUUGGAACGACAGUCUCAUAUCAAAUGGAAUAUACCUAGAGACUUUAUUCAAUCACUAGCAGAGUAUUGGAAAACAACAACUAGUCAUGAAUCAAAAGAAUGCUCAGAUGAUAUGUUAUUACAUAGUAAGACAUCCAUAGAUGAUUUAUUAUAUUUGUUUCAUCCUGCAAUGGAACCAAGUACUUUAGAUCCCCAUAUUUUAGACUUGUGGCAGCCUUUUCUUGAUAUCUUUCAACAAAUACGACGAGAUGUUGAAGAACAACGAAACAAAAUAAUUCAAUUAGGAGGCUUAUUUGUGAUAGGAACAGAACGUCACGAGUCUCGCCGUAUUGACAAUCAGUUGAGAGGUCGAGCUGGUAGACAAGGUGAUCCUGGAGCUACUCGAUUCUUUCUCUCGUUAGAGGAUCGAUUAUUUCGUAUAUUUGGUGGUGACCGUAUUAAGGGUCUCAUGCAAUCUUUAAGAGUUGGCAAUCUUCCCAUUGAAAACUCCCUUGUCACUUCUUCUUUAGAUAAUAUACAAUCUACUGUUGAGCAGUAUUUUGCUCGUAUGCGAAUGGAAUUAUUCAAAUAUGAUCAAGUGGUUGCAAAGCAUAGAAUUGCCAUUUAUACAGAGAGAGACCGCAUUCUUCGAGGUUCAAUGGAAUAUCUUAUGCAAAGAUUGGAAAAGGAUAUGUACCAAACCAUGGAAGAGAUCAUCAAGGUUCAUUGGCCUUUGAAUCGACCUGAAACGGAGUUGAAAUGUCAACAGAAAUUGAAAGAAUUCUUUCCAUUCUUACAGUUGAAGAAUUGGAAAACUAUUCAAAGCGUGACUUUGUUGGAAGAAUGUAUUGAGAAACUUCAGAAUGUAUUAUUUCAUUUCAACUGGUUGGAGGAUAUUCCUCUAUUUCAAACGUCUCCAAAGUCUUCUUAUGCUGAAACAAUCCUUCGUUUUAUCUAUUUGCAACAGUUGGACCAUUUAUGGAUGGACCAUUUGAAACGAUUAGACUUCAUUUUCCAAGUAAUUGGUUUACAAGUAUAUCGGCAAACGGAUCCUUUUUUAGAGUAUCAAAGGCAAGCAUAUGAUAGGUUUCAAGAGUUGGUUGCUAAUAUGAGGAGAACUUCCAUUUAUUCUGUUACUCAUUAUGAACCUAACAAACAGAGUGACUUGUAAGUCUCUCCCAUAAUGCAUUUUGUAUCUUUCA